ACACCAAGCGACUGGUUACUGACGACGCUCAUUGCAUCCUUGGAAUGCGUACGAGACGUUUAAUUUAGUUUGUAUUUAAUCUAAUUUAAUAAAGUCGUCGAUCAUUUGGAUUAUUGUUAAUUAUAUUGUUACGAAAUAUAUCGUAACAAACUGAUUAAUUGUGAUUUAAAUACUAUCUGGAUUACAGUGUUGUGUGAUUAAUUUAAGUGUUAAACCAAAUGGUUGUGCUAGAAGAAGGCGGUAUGUUGACCACUGGACAUAAUCAGUACUUACAACCAGAUUAUCUGUCACCGCUUCCAACAACGUUGGAUGCGAAGAAAAGUCCGCUGGCGUUGCUUGCCCAGACAUGCAGUCAAAUAGGAGCAGAUUCGCCCACGAAACCCCUGAUUUCACCAUUAGACAAAUCAUCUAAAAGUGGAAUAUCUGGUGGUGCGAAUGCACGCUCACCGCCGGCAGCAAAAUUAGAACGGACACGCAGUAGUCCGUCGGAACCAAAACCACUGGCUUUUAAACCAUACGAAACUAAUGUACUAUCUAAUAAAAAAUCAAGUGAUGAUGGCAGACCUGCAUCAAAAGCUAGUGUGCACAGUGCUAGUGGUAACGAAAGUUCGAGUGCUAGUGAUAAUAAUGUUGAUAAAAAAUCGGGUGGUAAUCGAACACCUCUUGGACGUAAAUCAGCUUCACCUAGUGUAACAAACUCUGGUGCUAAUAGCAGUAAUAAUAAUAGUUCAUCAUCACCAGUUGACCGUAAAACACCAGCACAAGAUUGCGAAAAAUCAAUUUCUCCACGAAAUAGCAAUGGCGCUAGUCCUAUUAUACGGUCAGGUAUGGAAGUAUUGUCCGGUGCUACUGGUCACACAAAAGAAAGUUUAAGUGCUGCUUAUAAACACUCAGCAUUAAGUGGUGGUUUUACUAGUGGUAAUCCAUUGUGCUGCCCGCCGGGAUUAACGGAAAAUCCAGCAUUCAGGCCACCAUUUGCUGGUGGAUCUCCGUUUUCUCAUCAUCAUGCGGCAGCCGCUGCUGCAUUACUCGGUUAUCCGUCGGCAGCCGCUACUGGCAAUCCUUAUCUAAGUUAUACUCGAGUUAAGACACCAGCUGGUGGUGAGACUCUUGUACCAGUUUGUAAGGAUCCUUACUGUACGGGUUGUCAGUACAGUAUGCAUAACGCCCAAAUGAUGAUGACUGGCGGACCUUGUCCAAGUGGAUGUACUCAAUGUGAGCAUCAAAAGUACGGCUUAGCAAUGGCGCUUUCGUCCCUAGGACCUAUGCCACCCCCGUCACUGUCUUACCCCGCAUCAUUGGCCAGUGGCAGACCUAACGUUUGUAGUUGGAUUGCUGGUGACACCUACUGUGGCAAACGAUUCAAUACAUCCGAUGAAUUACUUCAACAUCUGAGAAGUCAUACAAGUUUUGGUAGCAGUAAUGAACAUGCCGCGGCACUUCUUGCCGCCGGACAGCAUUCACAUCCACAACAUCCACUGCUUUCGCCGUCGGCGGCUUUACAUCGUGCUGCUGCGGGUGGCAGUUAUCCAGCUCCGCCAUUGAGUCCUCUCAGUGCACGGUAUCAUCCAUAUGGAAAACCACCCUCAGGCCCACUACCUGGCUCUCUCGGGGCCUCACCCUACAGCGCAUUCAAUACUCUGGGUCCUUAUUACUCGCCUUACGCCAUUUACGGACAACGUAUUGGUGCUGCAGUUCAUCCGUAAGGUGGGUUGUUCGGAUUAAUACCGAAAUAGAGCUUUCAAGAUUUAAAAAUUACUGAAAUUAUUACUAAUAAUGAAGUGUUUUUUUUGUAAAUAACGCGCGGUAAAUUAAAAUUGUAUAAAUUUUAUUUAAAUAUGUCUAAAAUUAUAAAUACAUUGAUAAAUAAAUAUAUAAAUAUUAACUUUAACAAAUUAUUAUAUAUUUAUGGAUACAUACUGUAAUAAAUAACUAAAAAACUAAAAUGAGAUUCAAUGCAUCAUGUAUCUUAAUGAAUCAAAACACGUCUUACUCUCUGUCUGGACUAAUAAGUGAUGGUUGUUACUCGAUAAUAAUUGCAAGUAUAGUUUAACUAUACUUAUCACACAAGCGACAACUGAUUUAUGAGCGGGCAUUAUAAAACAUUGCGUUUACACGAUUGUUGGUCCACUCGAUUAUAAAUUAUCAAGCGAUAUCACAAGUGUGUCUGUAUACAAUGUGAAUGUAUAUAUGUAUGGUUAUAGGUACGAACUGCGUACGCGGGUGUGCAUUUGGUGUGUGUGUGUGUGCAUGUGUGUUGCGUCGGUAUAAAUAAAAUGCAAACUCAUUGGCGUGGAUAUAAUAAAUUCAUAAAUCUCCAUUUUCAUUUUAAUAAAAUGUCAUUUAUUUAUUAUACAUCUUAUUUAAAUAUAUAGAUAUUGUAAGUAAAUAUGCACACAUAUUUAUGUUAAUAUUGUCUGUGAGUAAAGAAUUUAUAUUGAUUUUUUCUUUGUAUGAUAAACGAUUAAGCUAAAAAAAUAACCUGGAAAUCGGUGUCAAUGCACUCGUUUUCUUUGUUUUCAUUUCGAUAAUGGUGAUUCGUGUUUUUUUAUGUCCAUUGUAUAACUGUGAUAUUUAUAUUUUUCAUCUGUUAAAAUAAAAGACAAGAAAAUGCUUCCGUCAUGUAGAUUAGUGUCGCACAAUUUAAUUAUAAAAUAUAAAAAAAUCAAUGAAUAAUAAAAAAAAAAAAUAAAAAAAAGGUUAUGUGCAAAAUUGAUGCUUGUCAACUGUCGGAUCAAUGUCUUAUCGGCGCACACUUGGCCCACGAUGCACGACAUGUCACUCACUGUGUAAAUAGGAAUUGUAAAUAUCGUUGAGUUUCCAUACUGCUUUAAUAAACAUGUUUGUAGAAUCAAAUAA